GGCGACUCUAAUGAGUAACCACCAGCCUCUUUCAGGGCACAUCAGCUCAGGGGGUAAGCCCCACCCAGCCCAAUCGAUCGCAAGACUUGGCGCACAUACACGAUUUGAAUGGCACUUUGAGGGAGGGUGGCCCCCUCCAACAUGGGUGUAGCCAAGAGGGGGCAGCUCGCCUGAGAAACACCUCAACCACUUUGGCUGCCCGCCCCCAGCAAAAAUCCUGGCUACGCCCAGGCCCCCCAGGCCCCAGCUCCUUCUGCCCCCCUCCCUUGGUUUUCUAUGUAGUAGACCCUCCGGAGAAGUCCCGCUAGUCUCGCCUGCUCCUGCGUCCCCUGCCAAGAGAUUUCCUUUCCAUAAUGCAAGGCUGCAUUUCCCCCUUCCCACCCCAGUUGCUUGCGGAUUAGUUAUUCCCCUCCACGCUCUUGAAGCAGGCAAUCGUUUUAAAUUUUUUAAGGUGAGCUGAAUUUCCAAGCAUUUGACAUUUUGGGUGAGGCGGCGGCGGCAAGCCCAGGCGCGGCGGCAGAUGCAAACAAAGCGAGCGGGCUGCCCUUUGGGGGAAGGAGGGUUGCUGCAACCUGCCCGGCUGCACGGGCCCCUCGGCCAAGCAAACUCCGCCGGACGGGACGGGGGGGGUGUCGUUGUCCUCCGCCCGCCCCGCGGGAAAGGGAGGCGGGGAGAGCAGGGCUCCCUCCCCGGAAGUGAGCGCCUGCUGGCCUCUUGCGCAGCCGGAGGGUUUCGGCACCGCGGCGCGUUGCAGGACGAGGAGGCGCGCCGGGGCGCAGGGAUGCGACUCCGCGCUCGCUGCCCGGGGUAGAGCCCGCCUGCGCCGCGCCCCCGUCCCCCCCCGGCUCGUGUGCAUGCGAUCCCGUGUCUCGCGCGCGGAGAGGCGGCAGGCACCAUGGGGCUCCUGGCGCUGCUUCUGGUGCUCGGGUGCUUCUACAGGUACGAAGGUGCAGAGGACGCCGCGGCAGGUAAGGCCACAAAGGCUGAUACUUAUCUAAGAAUCCUGUACCCACUUUAUCCGGAUUUGCUCACUGACCAGACAAGUGAAAGAUGGGGCCACAUACUCUAUGGCUUCGUUUCUGGGAAACGGUGCCCCCCCCCCAUUCCCAAUGCCUGUUGCACGCCCGAAGUUCACGUAGUUUGGGCUGGAUCUUGGCUGGAGUGGCCGUGGCUUAAAGCUGCUUUCCUUCCAAAGGGAUCUUAGUGUGGAAGCCGGGAAGGGCUGUCUUGUUUCUCAACAAUCGGUCAGCAAAGCAGGCUGUGUGCGCCUUGGACUGAUGCUGUUGUGCAUGGAUUGGGUUUUCGGGGCUCUGUAUGAAAACUAUGUUGAUUGUGUUUACUUAAUUCAGCUAAAGCAAAGGGAAAUUUCCCCCGCCCUCCCCCCAGGGGUGCAAGGAGAGUUGCUUUAUCUAAUCGGUACUGUGUUCUGUUUUGCACAUUGUGCAACAACAAACCUGAGUUUGCCACCAGGUGUCCUCUCAACCUGGCUCCUUUAUAUGGUUCACUGUCUCGUGUGUUUGUCACAUUAAACUUCUGGAGGGAGCGUGUAUAUACACACACACACACACACACACACACAUACACACACCCUAAGAUGUAAACCUUAAAAUGUCAUGUAUGAAGAAACUGUAACUCAUAUACUGCCAGGGUGGAAAACCCCUUUUUGGCUUCAGGGCUGCAUGCCCUUCCAGGAACCCCAUACCACUGGUGGAAGGCGACAGAGGCAAAAGUGAGCAGAUAAAUGGCUGUAAAUUUUACCUUGGUACAGCAGGCAGGCUUCUCCACACUCACAAAUACACCUCCCUCUAGCCGAGAUCCAGGCAAGCGGAAGGAGUUAUUGGAGUCCAAGGACCCAUUCCAGCCAGACAUAAAGACUCAAGGAAGUGGCAAAGGCUGGCCAGGGAGGGGGCUUCCUUGUUUUUGGCUGGCAAUGGGAAUAUAGGCAUUAGUUGCCUGUAUUUCCCAUGUCAGCUGUCUUCCAAUGGAAGCAAAACAGUCAUGGGAAUUGUAGGCUUUAAAAGAACUGGUCAUGUGUCUUCAUAGUUUGAGUCAUGUGCCUUGGCAUCUGUGCAGCGUUCUUGGUUCCCUGAGCUGAUGAACAAGCAUGUCUUUUAUUGCUGAGACAAAGUUCUGCUGUGGAUAAUGCAGAAGGAACAGCAGCAAAUGUGUCAUUGGACGCAAUUACAUUAUACGUAAAUGCUCAAACUAGUUUUGCAGCUCUCACUGGUUUGUCAGAGUUCUUGCUGCAAUAUUGCAUGAGCUUUGAUAAUGGUCUACAGAAGAACAACUUAAUUAAUAUUAGAAGCAAGGAGCAUUCUUACAGCUUGAAGAAUGUGACUAUUCUAGGGCCAUGGUAUUUUGCAAUACUGUACACAGCUGGUAAGCUAAACUGCUUUUCCUUUGACUUCAGAAGGCGGAAGGUCGGCAGUUCAAAUCCCCAUGACGGGGUGAGCCCCCAUUGUUUGGUUCCAGCUCCUGCCCACCUAGCAGUUCAAAAACACGUCAAGUACACGUCAGUUCAAAAACACGUCAAGUGCAAGUAGAUGAAUAGGUACCACUCUGGCAGGAAGGUAAACAGCGUUUCCAUGCGCUGCUCUGGUUUCGCCAGAAGCAGCUUAGUCUCUGUUGCAGUUCAUAGAAUUUUGGAACCAUGUCUGAUUGCUGAGCCACUGGUUACACCAGGAAGGAUAGGUUUUCUAUCUUAACACCUCUCCAGAGCUGUCUUGAUGACAAAUAUAAGGAAUGCACAUUGGAGAGACUCAUUUGUUUUCCAAUUCCAAAAAACCAAAACAAAACCAGAGUCUAAAAAAUAAGAACAUGAGAAAAGCCCUGCUGGAUCAAGCCAGUUGCCCAUCUAGUCCAGCAUUUUGUUCUCAGUAUCCAGCCAGAUGCUUAUGGGAUGCUUGAAAAGAAGUCCUGAGUGCAACAGCUCUCUCCCCACUUGUGAUUCUGAGCAGAUGGUAUUCAGACAGUGGAGGUAGAUUAUAGCCUUAUCCUCUAUGAGGUUUUAUAAUCCUCCUUUAAAGCCAUCCAAUUUGGUGGCCAUCAUUACUUCUGGUGAGAGCAAAUUCCACAGUUGAACUAUGUGCUGUAUUGGCAUUUUAAAGCAAAUUAUUUCUUUAUGUUUAAGUCUCUCUUUUGACUUGUGUAAUGCCAUCUCAUUCUUGACCUAAGAUGGCAAAAGCAGCAAAGCUGCCCAUUUUAUGCUACUACCUUAACUUUAGGCAGGCACAUACAACUGAUAAGGUAAAAGUACUCCUGGACGGUUAAGUCCAGUCAAAGGCAACUGGGGUUGCGGCAAUCAUCUCGCUUCAGCCCGAAGAAGCCAGUGUUUGUCCGCAGACAGCUUUCCGGGUCAUGUGGCAGCAUGACCAAACUGCUUCUGGCACAACGGGACACAGUGACGGAAGCCAGAGCACACAGAAACGCCAUUUACCUUCCCAUCGCAGCGGUACCCAUUUAUCUACUUGCGCUGGUGUGCUUUCGAACUGCUAGGUUGGCAGGAGCUGGGACAGAGCAAUAGGAGCUCAACUCAUUCUAGUUUGCCCCCAACCUCCUCCCUUCCAGGUCAUGUGGCCAGCAUGACUAAGCCACUUCUGGCGAACCAGAGCAGUGCACGGAAACGCCGUUUACCUUCCUGCCGGAGCGGUACCUAUUUACCUACUUGCACUUGACGUGCUUUUGAACUGCCCUACAGUCACUCAAAUAUGAUACGCAGUGUAUUGAUCAGCAGUUUUCACAAAUGGUAUUCACGUUCCAAAACAAUCUAAUCAGAAUUAUGCCUUGCUCAGAGCACAUGGGUUAUAUAGGCUGUUCACAGAUUAAUCAACAAAAGCAUAUGGAGCAACUGAAAAAAAUGUGACAGCCACACUGUGAAGGGUUUUCCUUGCCUUCAAGUGUUGUGAAUCUUUGAAAACCCUUGUCAAGUAGAAAAGCAGAGAAUGUGGAGCGAAGUAGUCUUUACUAACAGAAUGGUGCUUUAUUUGGACAGUGCAAUUGGUACAAAGUCAUUUGAGGCCAAAUUCAAUAGUAUCUCUUGUUAUGUUAGCUAUAGAAAAUAUCUUGUCUUGUUGAAACAUAAUGAGCACCAUCCCCAAUCAGUUAGGUAUGCAUCUGGCUCAUUAGAACGAAUGGAUCUUAAGAGUAAUUGUGUACUUAUGUGACUCUGAAUAAAUCUCAUUAUUUGCAAUGGGGUUUUACAUUGCCUAGCUUCCCUUGGGAUUAUAUUUUGUGUAUAAGAUCAGUGUGCUUUUCAGUCCCUGAAGUAAACUAAGUACUUUUUCUGUCAUGCCUUGCACAAGUGUUUGCACUAGUUUGUCCUUUGACUUUGGGUAGUGGUGCAAUACAGAAAAGAAGAAUCCUUUCUUUGGUACGAAAUCCUGUCGGUCACUCUUCUUGAAUGUGAAAAUGGCUCCUUGGCUGUGGUAAUCUUCCUGCUCGAAUAUUGCCCCUUACCAACACUAUUCCUCAAAGUGCCUUUUAGUUUUCAUUAUCACAUUUCUGUGAAAUACAUUCCUCACUGCAUGUUUUCACAUGAAGAGCUAUGUACAAGUGUUAUGUGUUGUUAUCCACCUUCAAACAGGAAGAGGAUCUACAAAUCAUCAUUUGGUUCACUAAAGGUCUCACACACAGAGUUCUGUGGUGCUGUUUUUCAAAUAUGUGUCAUGCCAAGAUUCAUGUCAUUUUAAUGAGCAAGAUUCAGUUGUCAACUUUAACAAAAUUAAAAAUGUUUCACACUCAAAUAGGUUAUAAGCAACUGUUACUGUUGGUAGCCCAGAACUUUAGCAAAGAAACUCUGGUUUGUUUAACAUCUCAUGAUUUAAGGACAGGGACUCUGGAUAAAGUAUUUAUCUCUCUCUCUCUUUUAAAGCAGCGUGAAACUGCUGUAUAAAGUAGCUGUUCUCUGAAAAACCAGCACAGUUCAAGCCCAAAGUAGGGCAUUUCCUGUGUACAAGAGACUUCGAAAAGGCAGGCACCAAGGAAGUGGCUCUCAUUCCAGACUAUGCUUGCCAAUCCAGCAAUUUCCUUAUGCACUAAGGAGAGCUGAUAAAUUCAAUGAAUUUACAACUGCCCUUGAUCUCAGACAGCAACCCUCAGAAUCACAUGGCUUGGAUAAGGUUCAAGUAAUACUAAAAUAAAAUAAAAUAAAAUAAGACAUAGCGAUGAUGCAAGCUUUCACUUCUUUUUUCUUUUAAUUUUAUUUCUCAUUUUACAAAUAUUUUAACAAAAAAGCAAAAUCUUUACAUAAUCAAUCUGCAUUUCCCUCAACUUCCCUCCCCUCCUUUCUGUGGUUACCUAUUUUAUAUCUUUUGCUACUGCAUAUCCCGUUCAAAACUUUUUACUAAUUUCCCCUUUGUAUUCCCUUUUCAUUAAUUCUUACUGCAGGUAUUUAUGUCAAUCCUGCUAAUGUUUUAGGUUGUUUACAAUACAUCUUCCAAUAAUCAAUAAAUUUUCCCUAUUCUGUUUUUAAAAGUCUCUCUUCUUGGUUUUUUAUUCUUCUGGUUAGUUUUGCCAUUUCUGCAUAUUCCAUCAGUUUUAAUUGCCGUUCUUCCUUCAUUGGAACUCUUUCUUCUUUCCAUGUCUUGGCAUAAAUCAAUCAGACAGCUGUAGCAUACAUAAUCUCUUCCUCUGUUCUUUGAGUACCUCUCCACCAAUUAUGCCUAAAAGAAAAGCUUCUGGGUUUUUUUAACUAAAGUUAUCUUCAACAUUUUCCCCCAAUUCAUUAUUAAUCAUUCCCCAGAAAGCUUUUGCUGCCUUGCCUGACCACCACAUAUGGAAAAAGGUACCCCUCCUCUUUACAUUUCCAUCAGGUAUCUGAUUCUGACAUACAUUUUUGCUAAUUUAGUAGGAGUCAGAUACCAUAUAUACAUCAUUUUCAUGUAAUUUUCUUUAAUAGCAGAGCACGCUGUAAAUUUCAAAUCCACAUUCCAUAAUCUUUCCCAUGCUGCCAUUUCACUCUUAAGUCCUAUAUCCAUUGCCUAGUGUAUGAUUUCACCUGUUCGUCUUUCGCUUGCCAUUCUAAUAGCAUUUCAGACAUUACUGUUUGAUUCUUCUCUAGCAGGUCCUUUUCUAGCUGAGAGGUUUGGUUUGUAAAGCCACUAUAUUUGCCCAACUUAAAUAACUUCUUAAGUUGAUAAUAUUGUAACCAACUCGUUAAUAUUUCUGCUAUUUCUUCAAACCUGUUUAAUUUGAUCUUCCCUUCCCCUUCUGUUAGCAAAUCUCUGUAUGUUACCCAUUCAUCACUCAUAUUUCUUUUUUUUCACCAUUAUGGUUUCUAUGUGUGACAGCCAUAAUGGUGUUUUCCUUUCCAGCAAGUUUUUGUAUUUAUCCCACACUUUAUAUAAGUUUUUCCUAACGACAAGAUUCAUGAAACCUUUAUGUAUUUCAGUUUUUCCAUACUACAAAUAUGCAUGCCAGCCAAAUCUAUUAUCAUGUCCUUCUAAAUCCAAAAUUUGCACAUUUUUAAUGUUAACCACACCUUUAACCAAUAAAGACAGGAUGCCUCAUAAUAUAGUCUUAAAUCUGGCAGGGAAAAUCCACUUCUUCCUUUAGCAUUUAUCAAAAAUUUAUGUUUUAUCCUCAAUUUCCCUGCCUGCCAGAUAAAUCUUGAAAUAUAUUUUUGCCAUUCUUUGAAACAUCCUGUUUUGCCAGUUACUGGAGCAGUUUGAAAUUAAAAGAGCAUCUUCAGUAAUACGUUCAUCUUUAUGACUGACAUCCUUCCCAUUAACAGCUUUCACUUCUUUUCUGAACUCUUCUUUCUAAUACAGUGGUACCUUGGGUUACAAAUGCUUUGGGUUACAAACUCCGCUAACCUGGAAGUAGUUACUUCGGGUUAAGAACUUUGCCCCAGGAUGAGAAUGGAAAUUGCACGCCGGUAGCGCAGCUGCAGUGGGAAGCCCCGUUAGCGAAAGUGCGCCUCAGGUUAAGAAUGGUUUCGGGUUAAGAACGGACCUCCGGAACGAAUUAAAUUUGUAACCCAAGGUACCACUGUAUGUGAAUCUGCUAUUGGAAUCAAAUAGUGAUUGAAGGCCACCAGCCACCUCUCUUAACCACAGUAAAGGCAAAGCAAAAAGUGAUAAAGGGCUGGAAUAAGUGUCUCACUAAAUGAAAAUAAAGCUCCGCUUUUGCUUUAGUAGAUCUUCAAGAAAACGCGUUUUCCAAACAUCCCCAUCUAGCAUAAGACAGUGAAAGGCGCACUCCCCCAUUGUCUCCCAAGACAGACAGAUGCCAACAACAGAACCUCACAUGCUCAUUACCAGGAUUAUAGAUAGCUAUUUUCAAUAUGGAAGGGGGGGUAUACAUUCAUGAAUACAGAAAUUGUGGUCUGUUGCCAAAGCAGUUGAUCAAAGUAGGGGGUGAGGAAAGGUGACUAAUAUCCAAAUGCCUCUUGAUUUGUGCAAAAUGCACAGCCCUUUUGGCUGAGCCAUGACAAUAGGCAAAUGAAUACGCUCAACCAGCCUGUUAAAUUGCUCAAAAGAGAGGUGUGGAAGGAUAAAAUUGUAAUUAUUAUGGAGGAGAGAGAUACCAGCGUUGUACCAAUGCAUGAAUGCAGCUCAUGACCUACACUCACAUUUUAUGUGCUGCAAUAUUCCUUCACACCUAUUUUGAAAGCUUUGUCAUGUGCUUGUGAUGAGUGUGCUGGGAAAGUAAUGAUUAAUUUGUUCUCUACAGCAUCUAUCCUUUGAAGAGAGAUAGGCAGAAGAUUGCUCUUGCGGUAUUUAGUGCUUACAUAACAUCACCUUAAGGCAUCAUAAACUCUUUGAAGCUAAGGACUGCUUUGUACUUCUCAGAAAGAAUUAUAAAUGCUUCAGAUCUCAAAGGUUUCAGAAGAGCAGGGUUAAACUGGUGGGGAGGAAGAGAAAAGAUCCCUUUAACAUAGUCUGUAUGUUUAAAAUUGUGCAGUUCCAAAUUGAAAUAGAAAUUAACUUGCUUUAGUCUGCAAAGAGCAGAAUUCUGUUUUACCUGACUUGGUUUUAGAGUAUGAAAUUGUCUUUAUUGUAUUUUAGAUAAUUUUUUAAAUUUAUGUUUGUAAGUUGCCUUGAGUCUAUUGUGAGGUGUAUGUAGCUAAAGAAAUAUGACCAACCAUUGUAAUGUGGCCAUACAAAAAUUGUUUUCACUGGAUGGAGAACCUCCUGUUCUCUUUCUUUCUUUCUUUCUUUCUUUCUUUCUUUUGCCACCUUCCUGAAAUGGCCAGAUAGAAGCGGGUGCACAAGCCACAAUCCAUGGGUGGAGCCUGAUAAGGGGGUGCGCGCUGUGCAGGUCUAGGUCAACAUAAGAGCCACAGGACAAACCCACAACAGAGCUUCCUGCACUUGUUGCACACAACCAGACCAAAGCAGGAAGUGUGAAAAGAAGAACCUUGGAAAAGUAACAUAAAUGGGAGAUGUUCUGCGUUCUCCAUGUCGCGGACUGUACAAUGUUUGCAUAUCCCAUGUUUUAUAUUGAGGUUGGCAGUGUUAGAAACUCAGCUAUAUAAUCUAGGCACCAAAAUGCUCCUUAAACCAAGGUUACAGUUGCCAAAACAGAAUGUCUACUGUAUUUUUCGCUCUAUAGGACGCACCGGACCAUAAGACGCACCUAGUUUUAGAGGGGGAGAACAGGAAAAAAAAAUCCUCUCCCUCUCUGCUCAGCACCCCUUCAGCAAAGCGGCAGGGGAAACGGAGCCCCUUCCAUUUCUCCUCUCACUUCGCUGAAGGGGCGCUGCGCAGAGAGGGAAAGCUGCGCAGCACCUCUCCAGCGAAGCGAAGCCAGGAGAGCAAGAGGGAUCAGUGCGCACCGAUCCCUCUUGCUCUCCUGGCUUCAAUGGCUAUCCCCGAAACCAUGGAGCCUGCAUUUGCUCCAUAAGAUGCACAGACAUUUCCCCUUAAUUUUUGGAGGGCGAAAAGUGCGUCUAUAGAGCGAAAAAUACAGUAGUUGGACAAGAUGGCUCUCAAGUCUUGUUUUUUCAAAGGAUUGACUGGCUGUGAUUGAUUAUCAGUUAAACAUCUGGCUAGUUCAGAUGACAGCCUUGAGCUAGGUUAAGAACUUUGAGAACUUAAAGAAGAAAAGUCACUUGAUCCAGGAAUAUGGAAGGUUGACCUAAUCCAGGCAUGGCCAAACUUGGCCCUCCAGCUGUUUUGGGACUACAAUUUCAAUCAUCCCUGACCACUGUUAGCUAGGGAUGAUGGGAGUUGUAGUCCCAAAGCAGCUGGAGGACCAAGUUUGGCCAUGCCUGGCCUAAUCCUACCUCUUUUUCUUAAAGGUGACAUGGACCAUUCAUAAUGCAGGAAUAUUCUACACAGAAUAAAACUUCAAACAUGAAAAACUUCCCUAAACAGGGCUGCCUUCAGUUAAUUCUUUAUGUAAUUAAUGCAAAUAUUUUUUUCCCUUAAAGUCUUAACUACAAAAAUGCUAGUACAUCAAACAGUAAUAUCCCAACAUCUUCUUUAAAAAUCAUUAUUGCUUGGUUUUGUGGCAUGUUGUAAGGGCUGAAAGGUUGGAGAUGGGAGUGGAGCUGAGAAAAGACAUUUGACCAUCAGUGACGAAAGCCCCAAUGAAGAGGUAGAUAAUGGUGUGUCCUCCAGAUGUUCUUGGGCUCCAGUUCCUAUCAGCCCCUGUAAACAUGGCCAGUGGUGAAGGAUGGUGGGAGUUAGUCCAACAAAAUCUGGAGUGCACAAUGUUGGCUAACCCUGGUCUAAUGGAGGAACUGCUAAUGGACCUUGAGAGUGCAGGCAUCCCUCAACUUGCGUGUGUUCUACUCACAAGCGACCACUUUUAUUCAUGCCCCUUUUCUCCUGCUCUGGAAGACAGGACAUGAACCAAUGGCUUCAAGUUACAAGAAAGGAGAUUCCAACUAAACUUCAGAAAAAACUUUCUGACAGUAAUAGCCGUUCAAUUGUGGAACGCUCUCACUUGGGAGGUAGUGGACUCUCCUUCCUUGGGGGUUUAUAAGCAGAGGUUGGACGGCCAUCUGGCAUGGAUGCUUGAGCUUCCAGCAUUGCAGGGAGUUGGACUAGAUGACCCUCAGGGUUCUUUCCAACUCUACAAUUCUAAGAUUUUAUUAAAAGUCCUUACAGCAUAAUGUAAUUUAGGUCCAUAUGAUUAGGCAAUUAGAAAUAAAUGAGAAUAAUGCAGUCAGAUAAACUGGUUUGUAUAGAUCUUUUGGGGUAGGAUACUUUGGUUAUAAUAACAGACUACAUCCAACCAAUCCUACUUAGUGCAGACGCUCCUUUUUCUUUGGCCUCCCCGACUGAUGUAGUUAAUAGUGUUCCCAGCUGAGGACAUUCAUUUCAUGACUUUCCCUCAUGAGUGCUUCAGGAAGUGUGCUGGCCAGCGAGAUUGUGGAGCCCUGUAGAAAAAGCAACACAAGUAAUUUUUUUAAGUGUUAAGAGAACACCCACACCUCUCAGCCACCUUGUAAACAUUAUUAAGGUAAUCUCCCGAAAGCCCCUAAAAUUUUCACCAAACUUCUCCCACCCAUAUCCCACUUUGUUUCUUAUGAGGGAAAAAUGGCUGAGGCCAGUUAAAUAGCUCUGACUCUAGCAAACAAAGGCUCUUGACUGCUGGCGUAUCUGGGUUAAGAUAGGGCUAGCUCUUGACUGGUCAAAAACAUGCUCCACUGUCAGUUGAAUUUUGGCUAAAAAUGUCAAUUAACGGUGAUUAAUAACAGUAGCAAAGAAAGUUCUUGUAUUUACCAAUUGAUGGCCUUGCAGAAAACUCCAAGCCUUCUGAGAAACUUUACAGAGUGAUCAUCCCUUGACUCAGGGAAUGCAGUGGUGCAGCAGUUGCGUCUUGUGUUAAUAUAAUGGUUGCUUGUGUUAUUUUGUCAUGAAGCAUGGUUCCUCCACUCUGGCCACAUUAGAAUUGCAUGCAGUUGUAACACAAUAACGAGCGUAGGCUAGGCCAUGUGGCUUAUUUCAGAAGGAAGAAGUUGGAACUAGAAGGCUCACUGACCUCUCCAAAGUCUGGCCCACUAGAGUUUCUAGAGCAGGCACCCCCAAACUCGACCCUCCAGCUGUUUUGGGACUACAACUCCCAUCAUCCCUGGCUAACAGGACCAGUGGUCAGGGAUGAUGGGAAUUGUAGUCCCCAAACAGCUGGAGGGCUAAGUUUGGGGGUGCCUGUUCUAGAGAAUAGGUGGCACCUUGUGACCCAGACUUCUGGAGGGCUGAUGAAAAAGUAGUUAGCAUGACCAGUGACCCAGUGGAAAAGGGAGGCAACCAUUUAAACAAAGACAGUUCAAGCAACUCUUGACAAUAUUUGACCAGUCGACUUCACCUCCAUUCUUGUAGGCUGCUAGUUAGCUGUGUGUCUUCAUCUACUCAAGUCAACUAACGAGUAUCACUUGCUUUCCCCCUUUUCCUGCAGGCCCUCUCUUGGAGCUUUCUUUGGGAAAAUUUAAGAAUGUGUUGCUGAACGAAACCAUUCCAGCUGAAGCAGUGUUGAGGAAUAUUGACAGCAAUGUGACUGUCAUUAUCUUUCAGAUCCACACCCACCACAAGAAUGUGACUAUUUCCUUUGAUAAGGUAUCUGAAUUACUGCUUAUUAGCCCUUGUGAUGUUUCAGUCGCUGUCAGGACUGGGCGAUGUGGGGUUUUCAACAUCACGGUGUAUCAGCGGUCAAGCAUCGCGGUUUGGUGAUGAACCGUGAUGUUGGAAGAAGCGGAAUUGGCCCCAGCCAGUGAGGCACAGGGUGAAACUGCCACAGCUCUCACUGUGGGAGCUGAGGUGCUUUGACUCAGCGCCUCGCGGGCUGGGGCCAAUGCAGCUGGCCCCAGCCUGCUGCUCAGCUGGGGGGCGGAAAAGCUCCUGCCUCCAGCUGAGCUGGGGCUGGGCAAGCCAGCGGGCCACCCCUUCCCGAAGACAGACCAGGCAGCAAUACCCAAGUGCAUGGAGCUUGCCAGGCUCUGUGCGUUUGGCUGCCUUCGUCUGUGCAGGCGUGCUGUCUCUUUUCCUCCUGGGGUGUAACAAGCAGGGGCAGGGGGGCAAUCUCUCAGCGGGGGAGCCUGGGCUUCGCAUUCCCCAGCUGAGCAGCCGUGAUCCUGAUCCUGCUCUCAAGCAAGCAGGAACACAAUUAGGGCUCUCUCUGCUGGGGAGGGGGAGCACUCUAACGGAGCCCCCACCCCGCCAAGCAAUUUUAAGAAGCGGAGGGAGGAACAAGCAAUGCAGAUUGCUUCUCCCUCUGUGGUGGUAUGAGGGGUAGACCCCCACGAUGCCUUCACUCAGCAGAACAUUGCUGGUGAAACCGCUCCUGAGUCCCUCUGUCUCCAGUGCCUGGCUGGAGCUUGUUUUUCCCUUGGCAUGCUGGGCGCUGGUGGCAGAAGGACUCAGGAGUGGUGGCGGUUUCACCAGCGAUAUACCGCUGAGUGAAGCUGUCAUGACGGCCUGCCCCUCAUACCCGUCCUGGGUGAUAUAUUUAUAUAUCGCCCAGGCCUAGUCACUGAUCUAAUACUUGGUUCACGUGCAUCUGGAAUACCCAGCAUCAAGUGGAAUAAUGGACACAUUGUGUGGACGGAGCGUGGUUCAGUGGGAUCUCAUGAACUCUAAUGCCCUUCACUUCCCUGUUGCUGCAUCUGCAGAAAGCCCAACAUCCCUGUUUGUCUAGGGGCUCUUGUCAAAGAUUCAGUAGCUGACAAUUGGAUUUAGUGAUUGCUCUCAAAAUGGGCAGUUGGACAUUACUCCAGCACCCUGCAAUCUAUGAGAGCGUGCACAAAAAUAAACUUAGCACGUUGCAGCUUUUAGAGGUAUUCAUCAAUCUCUUUGCUUCUUAGAAACCUUCCAGCAACAACUCAGGGGCUGGGACAGACCAAGGACUGGUUUCUAUCCUUCGGCCUCAGCAGACAGUGUGUACGUGGUACUUGCAAGCUGUGGGUGCUGACCAGGUGCUGAGCACAGCUGUUUCUUUCUCUUAUGCUGAAAGAGGUAAGCCAUCUUAUUUUUUCUGGAGUCAGGGUCAAAAUGAUGUGUGGCGUUCUCUUUGAGCUCCUGUGUGUAAUACAAAUUUUGUGCCUUCCAAUCUCCCUGCAUAGAGGAGAGUGAAGGUUUGGGAAAUCAAGCAGAAAUGCAAAACGUCAUGUCUUGCUCUCUUUUCAUCCCGUUAAAAAAUCCUCCUCCAUUGUAUUUCUUCAUCCAAUUUUAUCUGAGCUUUUAAUUUUCCUGGCCUGUAGCUAUUUAAUUCACUCCCCUCAGCAUCUCAGGAACCUCCGGCAGACUUUGAGAACGCCACACUUUCUACCUUAUGUCACUUUGGACUCCCUCUCAGAACCAGUUUUUUAGUGCAAUCCCACUUCAAGUCACUUUUGAAGGAACCAUGGCUUGGCCUGGCAGAUCCGUAAUGCAGACCCAUGGUCUGGGGUGGGAGCAGAGAGAUCACAUGUUCAUGAAGCUGGUUCUUGAGUUGCAAACCAUUUUUUGCUGCCAUUAUGAUUGCACCGGCUGAGUAACAACGCUUCAUGCAACAGGAGCCUAUUCACAAAAGCAGUGAACAUAAGACACAGUAUCUUACUUUAACAGCUGAUUGAAAAUGUGUUACUCCUUUUUAUUGAAGUCAUUUGACUCUUUCUGUUUAGAUCCAAUCCCUGGAGGCUGCAACAUGGAAUUUAACUUGGAAAUUGACCCCAAUAUUUAUUUAGAAUAUAACUUGGCUGAGACACACAUUAAAUUUGCCCCAGCAAAUCUAGGAUAUGUGAGGUAUGUAUCUUCCUCUUAGAUGGUGACUAUAUGGGUUAUUGUGUUUCUAGACUUCCAAACAAAGUUGUUUUAGGUGAGUCUGCAUCAUAAUCUUAAGGCAUACCUGCUUUCUGCAGCCUGAAAGGAAGGAAUUAAGGUGGUUUUCAGAGCUAGACUAGCCAUUUUUGUCCAGAGGACUGGCAGUAUGCAAUCUAUGAUUUUUUUUUUUAUCCUUCAGACAUAUUGGGGCAAACCAAAGCCGGUUCUUGUAGUCAGAAGAGGUGGGGGUAAGGAAGAAUGUAGACUUCUAACCCUUAGACUUGCAAAUAAAUGUAAAGGCAAUGGCAGAAAAUGGUAAUUGAAGUAAUUAUAUGUUCAGUCAUAUACAUAAUAAAAUAACAAUUCUGGGUAGGCUUGCUUUUGUUUAUUUAAGUAGGCCUACCCAGACAUGUAAUUUUAUUGUGUAUAUUUUUAAUAGCACCUGUUUUCAGUUAUAUUUUGAUAAUUCUUUAGGUUAACUUGCUUUUAUAAUUAGAUUUUAUCAACAUUUUAAAAUAACAAAUUUACAACCUCACUAAACCGUUGAGAGGUUAUAGAUGAUUAAGUGGUAUAUUAAUUCUGCUAAAUUAACAAGCUGACAUAAAUACCCCAAAAUUAAAAUACAUCUUUUAUCAGCAGUCAGGUUUUUGGUUUUUUUAAUGGUAGAAGUAGCAACUUUGCAGUCCUCUUGAGAUUGGGUAAUGACCCACCACUCCAAGCCUCUUUAAGAAUGGAGCUGCAGUAGAUGGGAAGGAAGAGGCUCCAGCUUAACAUUUUGUGAAACAGAAUUUCCCGGUUAUUUACUGUGAUUUGUAACUUUGGAGCUAGGCCUUUUGCCUGUGGAUCACAAUAAGAUAUAUUAAACCGUUCUGCAAUGUAUGGGAGGGAAGUAGCUAUUGGCACUACAAACUCUAGCCUCAAAGCGAAGUGUGAAAAUGAGCCUAACAAGUUCAAAUAAAUAUUCUCCCCUGCAAUUUUCCAGAGGUACAAACCCACCAUUGUGUGAUUUGGGCAGUAGCUCUAGGUGGCGACUAUCUUAUGAAGUCUAUCAGUAUUUCUUGCCAGAGAAUGACUUGUCUGAAGCAUCGUUUGUGAGCCACAUGAGAAAGAUGUCUGAAGUGCAAAGCAUCAGAAGGCAUGGCACUAAAGUAAGUUGUGCAGUUUGAGUGUAUGAAUGAGUGGCACUCUGCAGAUCCCGUGGUGUGACUGUGCUAAUUUCUUGAGUCCGUUUUGAAUGAAGAUUUCUUGAAGCCUUUUGUAGUCCAUGUUUGCGGUGACUUGCUUUAAUGAUAUUUCAUAUAGUUAUUGUGCUAGAAUCUUUUUGCGUUUUGUUGUUUUUAUAUGGCUUCCAGUAUGUCAACUGCCUUAGGAGACUCUUCAGUCAAAUAGUGGGUUAUCCUUAUUUCAAUAUUUCAAUAAUUCAGAGGGCUAAGAGGCAACACACAACUUGUCUCUAAAACUUGAGGUGUGGGAAAAGUAAGGCAUGUGUACAUAACCAAUCUCUUUUGUUCCCUUACUCUUUAUAUGUCCUCCACAGAUGAUGACCUUAGUGAACCAAGACAAAACUGACUUGUACUUCUCCUCGCUUCCUGGACAAGGAGUGAUCUAUAAUGUCAUAGUAAAGGAUCCACUGUGGAAUACCUCUGCUGCCUAUGUGCCUGCUCAUACAUACAUGUGUAGCCUUUCUGGCUCGGUGGAUAACUGUUCCUCUCUUAGUAAGUCAUUGGAAUGUAUCUAUAUCAUCCUCCCAACUCAAUGUACAUAAGGGGACAUGGUGGUCAUUCCUUGGAUGAAAGUUGCACACCGUUGCCCCUGUUUAAUGGCAUAUCAUGAAAUGUUCUUUUCUUCUGUAGAGAGACUCUCCACCAAAAUAUUUUUCACCGUGCUUGCUGUCCUUGGCCUCUUCAUCUGUUUUCAUGGACACAGAUUCUGGAAAACAGGUACUGGUUAAGGAGAGAGUGUAUGUCUUACAAAGUCUUGGUUCCCAGCACAAUUGCAUUUUGCCAGUUCUGAUCCCUGCAGGUUAGUUUAAUUGAUGAGCUCCAUUACUAUGCGUUGUUUUUUAUAUUUUGUUGGAAGCUGUCCUGAGUGGCUGGGGCAACCCAUUCAGAUGGGCAGGGUACAAGUAAAUAAUAAAAAUAAAAUAAAAUAAGAAUAAUAAUAAUAAUAAAUAAUAAUAAUAAUAAUAAUAAUAAUAAAAAUAAAUAAUUAAUAAUAAUUAAUAAAUAUCAUUAUCAGCAUUAUUAUUACAAAAAUAGAGAGCAGUGUCUUUAUUUUUGCAGAGGCACCGCUUAUUCGCUUCCCCAAUUAUAAUAGAAAGCAUACUUAAUUCUUAUAGCCAGGUAUCUGGGAGGUUGGCUCAUCAGGCUGUUUUGGGCUAACCACAUUCCCUUCCCCUGGUCCUGGUAUUGUAUGUGAGGGGCAUCGGAAAGUUCAAGCUGUUGGUAAAAGUAAGAAGAAUGCAAGAACUCUUAAUUUGCAUUCCUGGCUUGAAUUUAAGCCACUGUGCAAUUGUGGCUUUAGUUGCACCUGAAAAGGAAGACCUCCCCACCCAUUUUAGAAAGACUGAAAGAGAAUUAUAUACUCCCUGUGUUACUGUAUGAGUACCACGUCACUAAUCUGUGGUGAUUUGGUCAAAGGCCAUCCCAGAGCUGGAAGUUACAGGUAGCCUCUUUUAUGGUAGGCAAUUCUGCAGUGUCUCUGCAUCAGGAAUGAUCAAAUGGUCAGUUACAACCCAGUGUGUGUGUGUGUGUGUGUGUGUGUGUGUACUGUUGCCUUGAAAAAAAAAAGGUGAAAUCACAUAGCUGCAGGAAUACAUUGGUGUUGCAGAAUGGCUCUUGCUAGUUCCAUUGUCUCAAAAAGUGUUCACUGGCUUAUUCAAGGACAUGACAGUGGGCUUUAUCAGUUUUUGAGUCCCUGUACGUAUAUAGGUGUCAUGGCAGUAAAGGUUACAUGCCCAGGUUGUGGGGUGGUGAACUUGUAGAACUCUUUUAAAUCCAAAUAGACCCUUCUCAUUCAAAACCCGGAAAAUACUGUUUUUAAAAAUAUAUUAAUUUCCCCUCUUAGAUUUAUUCUUCAUGGGCUUCAUCUUUACGGCAUUCUUUUUCUUCAUAACCAUUUCGAGAACAUCUGCUCUCAGUUAUGAUGGUAAGCAGAGACAAGUAUGGAUUUAUUAAUACCUUGGGAAUGUUUGUUUGAAGACCAGCAUUAGAACAUAGGUGCUCUUGUUAAUAUCCGCUGGCCAGCUUGAUGCUGUGUACCUUUCUGGUGCGAUUAACAGUUGCAUCUCACUCCUGAAUUACGGAACAGUGACUAAAGAAGACUUUUCAAGUAAUACUGAAAGGUGCAGUACAGUUCAUGGCUAAGAUUUAAGGAUGGAUUAGAAUCAACAGAAAUGACUUUUGUUUUUUCCUUAAUCUGGUACUAAUAUUUGUGCUAGGAGAAAGCAAAGUCCACAUUACAUCUAUAAAUCUGUCAGCAUUUCUUUCAGUUAAAGGUUUGAGCUGCAGAAGUUUGAGUCCAUAAGCCAUGGCUGUGUGUAUACUUCAGUUCCAUUGCCCUCUAGAAACAGCCUGGCGUGUGCAAGUUCAGAACUCAGUUUCCUGAAUAUUUUGACUCUCACUUUUAAAAAAACCAAAGGUUCUCACCUUUCUUGCUGUGAAGAUAUGUGUGAAAGUAUGUGGGCGGUGGCUGCUGACACUCAAAACCAAAUAGAUGGUUAAGUUACUAUUUUCUUUGCUUCAGUAAGAUUCAGUAUGUUGCAUAACUUUUUACCCUUUGCCAUGAUGAGCAAAACAAAAAUAAAUCCUGGAAAGAAGAUAAAGUGUAAUAAACUAUGCAGAAAGAUACAACCCAGAUUUAUUUCCAUUUUUUGUAGCAGAAUGAUACCAAAUGAAUUGUGUUAGUGUAACAGAUGCACAGUUCUUUAUAGAGGCUGAUAAUUUUUUAUGCUAGUAGCUUCAGAAUCCUAUUUGACAAUCUCAUAUAGCCAGUUGAAAAAUUCAGGCAAAUGUAAAUCCCAUUGUUGCCUUGAAAAAUUUAUAUUUAUUUUAUUUCUUGAUUAAUGAGAGGACCACAGGUAGUCAUGUAAUAAGUAGCUAAAACUACAUGUUACAUUCAUAAUUGUUUAGCUGUUCUUGUUUUAUCUGGAAGCAGCCUUGAGUCCCUGUCAGGGAAAAAGACAGGAUAUAAAUAAACACCACCACCAUUACUACUACUACUACUGUUACUAUUACUAUUUCUGCUAUUCUUAUUUCUAGUGCUGUGUAGCUGCUGAUUUCCCAUGAAUGAUCCUGCACUGCUGUGGUUACUCAAAAUGUUACUUGGGCAACAUGGUUAAUCAGCAACCCUUUAAUUUCCCUUUUCUUUUUAAACCAGUAUGGAGGAGUCCAACAUGCAGCAGGAAUCAUCUUGAUUAGCAGAACAAAGUCUUUUAGGACCCCAGAGGCUAGUCCACAAAAAUGUAUCCCAUAAUUAAUGUGUUAGUCUUUCUACCAUUCUCUAACGCUCCUUGUUUGUUACAACAAACUGGCAUAGCUACCUUUCUGGGAAUGUGUUGGCAUGGAUUUUUUAAAAAUCAAAGUGCAUUUGCACAGGCGUGGGUGAUGUUGGAGAAACAAGCCUCACUUUUCCCUCUUCUUCUCCUUCCUUGGUCAUCCCAGUCAAUCUUGGUCUUACUGCAGUAGCUGGAGUUCUUGGAGGUCUCCUCUUGGUCGCUUACUGGUGGCGAUUUGGCUUUGUGAUCCUCUGUAUGUUGAUCGUGGGGCUUGUGCUGGGCUUCCUUGUCGCCUCUACAGUUUUCUUCACUCCAAUAGGUAUGUCACAUAGUUAUGAUUCCUAUGAAAUGUGAAUAUUCUUUGUUACUUUAUGAAGUUUUGUGUUGCGAUUACUCUUGCUGUCUUUUGCUUUCCACUGAUUUAGGUCUGAAGAGAAGGGCGCUACCAGUUGCACUUCUGAGAGCAAAAAUAUUGUAUUAAAACAGAGUGUUGCCAGUUUAAUUUCUAUCCUUUUGAAAAACGCACCAUAUUUUUCGCUCUAUAAGACACACCAGACCACAAGGCACACCUAGUUUUUGGAGGAGGAAAACAAGAAAAAAAAUACUCUGAAUCUCAGAAGCCAGAACAGCAAGAGGGAUCGCUGCACAGUGAAAGCAGCAAUCCCUCUUGCUGUUCUGGCUUCUGGGAUAGCUGUGCAGCCUGCAUUCACUCCAUAAGACGCACACACAUUUCCCCUUACUUUUCAGGAGGGGAAAAGUGAGUCUUAUAGAGCAAAAAAUACGGUAUGUGCUACCUUUCAGGGCAAAACCUUCCCAAGCUGGCUUACAUCAAAACUAUCCUGUAUACUAAUGUCGUAGAGGCAGAACUGCUACAUAAAAAUAAGCUACACUCUAAAGUAUUCUGUAUUAUUUACAAUGGACUUGUGUAAGAAUGGUCAUAUUUUAUAUAUUAUUUUUCUAAACAUGGCGAAUAUUGUGUUGGUUGUCUAAUAGGAGUUCAGAUAUACUUCAGCAAAUGUUUUAACAAGAAUCCACUUUGAGGAAAGUAUUGCAGCCAACACUUGGCAAUGAGUUUGCUCCUCAGUCAUCCCUUUAAAUGCAAUUACUUCUCUCAAAAUAAUGGACUGGGGAUAUUGGCCUCCAGGUGCCUAUUGCAAGAUACUUCCCUAUGUGGGCACGGUUUUGAACAUUGAUAAAUGACUUUGAAUUCCACCUGGAAUUGCAUUUAACUCACACUAAUCUGAUGCCUUCACACACUUCUAGGUCAGAAGGGUUUCCUUUCUGACAGAUAAAUGACCACCCAGAUCUGCUUUUUUUAAGGUGUAUGCAAUUUUAUCUUGUUUUGAGCUUUUAAAUUUUGUAAUUGGUGUUUUUGUCUUGAUACUGGUCAUUGACUAUAAUAAAAUGAUUUGACUUGACUUGACCUUCACAGGAGACUAUAAAGUUUUCCAAGAUGAUGCAGUAUUCUGGGUGACCUUCUGUUGCAUUGCCUUGAUAGUCCCAAUACUUUUUGUUGGAUACCCCAGAGUUGUAAGUACCUUAUUUGAUUUUUUAAAGUGUAAUUGUUUCAGCUUCUGUUCUUGUACAUUUUGGAGUGAUGGUGGACAGAAUGCUGUAACUAAACUUUCCCCCUUUUGGACAUAGUUGUGAAAAACCAGUGCUUGCUUGUAAAGGUAAAGGGACCCCUGACCGUUAGGUCCAGCCGUGACCAACUCUGGGGUUGCGGCGCUCAUCUCACUUUAUUGGCCGAGGGAGCCGGUGUACAGCUUCCGGGUCAUAUGGCCAGCAUGACUAAGCCGCUUCUGGCGAACCAGAGCAGCGCACGGAAACGCCGCUUACCUGCCCGCUGGAGCGGUACCUAUUUAUCUACUUGCAUUUUGACGUGCUUUCAGACUGCUAGGUUGGCAGGAGCAGGGACCGAGCAACGGGAGCUCACCCCGUCGCGGGGAUUCAAACUGCUGACCUUCUGAUUGGCAAGUCCUAGGCAUUGUGGUUUAACACACAGUGCCACCCGCGUCCCUAGUGCUUGCUUACUCCCUCUCAUUUACAUUCUGUUAUGCAUAUGAUACAUAUCCAGGGAGACAAGCUGCCGGAGGCAAGCUUUUGAUAUAUGAAUUCCUGUUUCAUUAUGUUUUCUUUCCCCCACCCACCCACACAAUUCCCACAGCCCCACUUUAUUUUAUGUUUAAUUUUUUAUUACUGUAAUUGUUCGCUGCUCCAGGUAUACCUGGAGGACAGUUUCUGUUAAUAAUGACCCAUCCUUGGUGAAUUGCAUUGGCUCAGCCUGGCUACAUUUUGCCUCUGCUUAACUGCAUUUCUAAGCAAUUCAACUUUUUGUUCUGUAUGCCUUCAUGAGCUACAGUGGAACCUACAGUAGUUUUCCCUUAUGAAAGCCAUGCUCAAAAAAACCCUACAAAGCACUAAUUUGGGGAUAGGGAAUUUGUAGCUGUCUAGAUGGUGCUUUGCAAUCUUCUGCCUUCAUAGAUAGUGGCCAGCCUCUUUUCAAAGCCAUUCACAGUCUGUUCUUUCUCUUUAGCUGAACAUCUUGACAUGUGGCAUCAUAGGGUCCUACACCAUAGUCUUGGCUACAGCAUGUUACUUGUACACAAGUCUCUCUUACAUUAGCAUCGACCUGCUCCGGAGGAUUCUAGAUGAAAACUUCAAAAGAGCUUUCACCAAUGUGCCCUUUCAGCGUAACGGUAAGUGUGUCUUCAGAUGAGUUCCUUGAUUGGAGGCUUGCAACUGAGAACCUCAGAAGAGAAGUUUGUAGCAACCAUGAAUGCUUCCAAAAAGCUUAAAGUAGAGGACAGAAAAGAAUUGUGCCUGAAGAGUGCCGUUGCAGAUACACUUAGCUUAGCGCUGCAUUGGAUGUUCCAAACGCAUGAAUGACUAUGCUGCUCUUUCCCAAGCUUCUGGGUCUUGGCCGAAGGGGAAGGAGAGAGGUGCAUGUGUUUUGUCCUGGUUGGAGAUGAAUACUGCGUACCUUGUCCCUUCAGACAAGACUCGGCAGCAUACUGGUCUUCCUUUUCACACUUUUAUGGAACAUCUUAAAUCGCUCGAGGGUGUGGGGCAGAGUAGCAGUUCCAAGGCCUUUGUGGGGGAAAGUAGAUGUGAAGAGGGAUUUAAAAAAACAGGUGUAGGUUUUAGAAACUGUAAAGGAAAACUGGCCUGGAUAAGUAAAUGAGGACUUGGGCUGGCUUACUAAAAGAGAAGGAAGAGAUCCCACUUCAGUCGAGACUUACCUAUUGGUUUCUUCAUCUUGCAGACAUCAUACUCUUGGCGGUCUGGGCGAUGCUGGCCAUUGGAGGAAUAACGAUACAGCUGCGCAGAGAGAAACGCGAAGCCCCUUUUCCACCACAUCCCUACCUGAUAUGGAGGCGUGAAAGAGAGCGCAGGAUAACUAACAUCCUAGAUCCAAGUCACCACGUCCCUCCCUUGAAAGAAAGAAUUCAUAGCAAGCUAUCUCAGAUCAAGGACUUUUUCCAAAAAGAGCAGCCAGCAGGGGAGAGAACACCGCUACUCUUGUAAACUGUCAUGCAGCUGGGAAGACUUGGGAAAUGCAGGCAGAGAUUUUUCUGGAGCCAGCAGACACCCAGUGGUGCUGAGAACUUCCUCUGUCACCUUGCCUUGCUAAACAGAAAUAAGAAUGAACUGGAAGAAGAUCAACACUAGUUUACUUAAAGUAGUCCUGCUUGAUGGUUUGCUGUGGCACACAGGCACUUGCAUCUGUUGGUAGUUCGCCACAAGGAUGGAGUAUGCGUAUGUGCAAUGUGUGAAAAUAUGGGGAUGGGUGGGUAAGAUGGGGAGAGAAUGUAAUGGACAGGUGUGCAACUUCAAAAUCUUGAGAGAUGGAAAUGGACACUUCAAGCACACGCAUGGUUCUCUUCAAGCACAGUACACCCUUUUAACAAGUGCCACAUUUUGAACGGUCAUUUCUGUUGCACAGUCUAUGGCAGGAAGGGGGGAGAAUAAUUGGAGACUGACUGCAUAUGGAAAAACAGCCUCUUGCUGACUGUGGCACUAUUAAUUCUAAACUUGCACAGUUGCUGCUAGCCAAUACCUUUAAGAUGUCAAGCUGUACUAAAAUAUUUUUUGAUCAUUUAACAGGUUAGCUUGCAUUCACUUUCUGUGUGUGAGAAAAUCAAGUAAUUUUGAUUCCAAUACCCAAGAGGAGAAAAAGCUUUCUGAAGGUUUAGCGCUAAAUUUUCUACUAGGCUGUAAAUCUGGUUGUAGUGAGUGGUGGCUGCUAAGGCUGGAAAAAAGGAUAGUCUCUUGAUGCACUUUGAAAUGGAAGGUUGUUUUUAUUAGGAUCAGUGGUGCAAGACACAAUGAGUAGCCUUUACAGCACUUCAGUUGCUUAAGUUCCUUUUCGUAUUGAAGUGUUUGCCCCUACACUAAUUGUCACUGGAUUUUUUCUCUCUCUCCUUUUUUAAUAUUUGAGAAGAAAAGAAACCCCUAAACCCAGUUUGCAGGCAUUUGGGGGCACUGCUGCUCAGAAAGAUGUAACAGACAUCUAGGGCAGCCAGCUUCCAGAGCCUUGAGGGUGGGGAAAGAAGGGCAGAUCUUGGGUAAUUUGCCUAGGAGUCCAGACCAGAUCACUCUCAGCCAUGGUGUCACUUCUAGGCUUAGAGGAGUGGGAGUGGGGUGGUCCCCAAGCCUCUAUUUGGGACACCGAGUUCACAGAAAAGGAUUCUGCAGGCAGAGGAGAAAACGGAACCAUUUAAACGCCUGCUUCUGGCCAUAUACCCAUUUACCCCUAGCUUUGCAGCUGGCGCACAGAGUUGCCCCUGCCUCUGUGCCUCUUUAGCUUAUCAAUUGGCCCUCCCCAAUAAUAACCCUUUGGCUUGGAGUAAUGCAGUUAUACGUAAAGCAGUUAGUUGAACAUUAUACCAGUACCUUAUUUGACGAACACAUUUCCUGUAAUGAACUGCUCAAACCACUUGUGUGGGUGCAGGGAGCAAAAGUGCCGUGAAGCAUGAUAAACAUCCAGUUUAAACCUGAAGUGUGUGAUUGCAUUAGUCAAUGUGCACCCAGGCUGAAGUCUUAUUCUCAGGGCUUUUUUUAAUCGUGGGAGAGGAAACUGGUGGAGGUGUCUGGCUUGGUUAGGGUUUUAAGAUUCCUCCAGUGUUUGAAUUGGGGUUCCUGAUCUUCAGAAGGCAGCCAGCAGAGAGAACUUGAGCAUGUGUGUUUGUCCUCUCAUUGUUGCAGCGUUAAAAGCUGUGCCUGUAGAUGUACAUACACAGCUAUCCAAGGUGGAGGAGCCCCAUCACUGCAGAACCUGGCACUAUGUGCAUAAUAUGUAUUUUCUUUUGCAGACAGGUGGUGUAAGAACAGAAGACUGUUUUCUAUUAUCUCCCCUUUGUGUUCAAACACAACUUGUCUGUAUAGUGAGGAUCUGUUGCAUUCCAUGUUGAUGCUCGAGUCGCUUGCUGCUUGUGCCAUUUGUAUAUUCUAGCAAUAAUGGUGUUGCAGGGUGGGUAGGAGGUUUGUUGGCACAGACUGCAUGGACUGCACUCACUCCUAGUCCAGGAAAGCUGCUGUGGUAGGACACCUUCUAAACAAGAGCACAUCUUGGAAGGUGCAUAUCUGAACUUACCUAAUUUUAAAUAUGCUUUAUUUGUAUCUCAGGCCCCUAAGGCUGCUGGGUAGAAACCAGAGGAGAUGCACUGCACCUUUUACAGUUUUCCGUGUGCAGGAGAUGAGCCGGUCCAUUCCUCUCCUGGCUCUGAUAUUCACCUCUUCCCUGCCUCGCAUAACAAGGCCUCAUGUGCGCUGUACAUCAGGAAGGGGAUACAAGGCAGAUACUGCUUCAUUCACCUUGUAUGUAUCAAGGAAUUUAAAGGUACUGUGUGGAUCUCCAGGUUUCAUCCCAGCAACUCCCACAUAUGUUCAAACUGUGGAUUAUAUCCAUGAACAAGAUGAACGUCUGCUUGCACUAUGGGACUUCACCUUCUCAAACUCACUGCAGUACCCCCAUAAUCUGUUCUGAGAAUGCAUGGAUUGGGCUGUGUGCAUGGGGGCGGGGGCUGCAGUGAGGGGGAAGAAGGUGAAGUCAAUUUGUGGUGUGCUGGAUUCCACCUUAAGCUAUUUAGCUUUUUGAAGAGCUGUAGGGCAUUCUUGUGUCAAACAGACCUUGAUACUUAACCUAAACCAUUUUUAGAUGCAAGAAGGCUGACAGUUGAAAGCAACAGAGUUGGUGGUGGAAAGAAGAUGGAAAAGUCCAUAGUUCUUGGCAAAUAGACAGAGAUUACUUUCAUUUUAAUGUUGAAAAGUAGAAGCUGUAGAUGAAAUAUACUGUGUCCCCUUCUGUCAAGGGCAGCUUCAUUUUACUAGCUCUCUGACCUUUUUGUACUGAGAAUUAAUUGCUGCAUAUUGGCUGCUUAGGCCACACUUUGUUAUAAAGCAACUAGUUCCAAUUGCUUUGGUUUUUAUAACUGCCAUUAUUUACAAUGCAAAGAAACAAAAAACAAACCCAUUUUCUACUCCUUUUUAUAAUAAAGGUGUACUUGAAAGGUGUGCUAUUUGUAUGAUCUCCCUGUGUGUGUUACCCUUUAGGGACUCAUCUGUGUGUCUGAGUUCAUUCUGUCUCAUGUUUUUUAUCUUGAAGGGAAGGCAGCUUAUAUGUGUUUUUCCAAGUGAAGGAAUGGCAAAUACAAUUCCUGCUUUGCAAGGUAAGUGAAUAUGUAACUACUACAGCAGUGACUGGCUUCUGUAUAGAAACUUCCUGCGCAUUAGGAUCAAAUGCGCAUCAGUGUGCCAUUGGGGUAUUAGUUGAUGGCCUCUCAAACUCUGUCCUUAAAUCUACUACAUAUAUUACAUUUCAUGGUUACUGGUCGUACUUCUUUAUUUCUAUCCCAACAUUUUAGGGCAAUUUCUCAAAGGCAGUUUUGCAAUAAAAAUGUUUAC